GCAUUGUGGGCCGGGGGAAGAUGGCCGCCCCCUUGGUGUGGCGGUGAGAGGAGUCGGUCCCUCCGGCAGCGCAGGACGAGGCUCCGCUUCUCCUCCCGCCUCCCGCCCGCUCUCGGCCCGCAGCUCGCCCAUCCGCUGGCGGAACGCCGCUGUGCGAGGGAGCGGGGGGCCGCGAUGGGCCGGGUGCGGCUCCCGCCGCAGAGAGUGCAGGGCCCGCGGGGCUAAAGGCGCGAGUGGAGGCCCCGGGCCCGCUCCCCGCCGGCUCCCCGGCUCCCCGCAGGGCCGGGCCACGCUGCCUCCUUCGGGCCCGGACGGGGCUGCUGUCCGCGGGCGGCGGCGGAGGAGGAGGAAGAGAGUUUCCAGGUGCAAGGCGCUGCUUCCACCGCGCUCCUCCUGAGCUGCACACCUGGGAGGGAAACCUCCUCCCUCUGCCCUUGCCCCGUCCUCCCCCCCGCAUCCCCCUGCCGCAGGGAUCCCCCGGGCCCCGCUGCCUGCUGGCUGGAGCCUGCUGCUCACUUGUUGCCCAGCACUUCCCCUGUGAUGGAGUCUGAGAUGCUGCAGUCGCCUCUUCUGGGGCUUGGGGAGGAGGAUGAGUCUGACCUGACUGACUGGAACUUGCCUCUGGCCUUUAUGAAGAAAAGGCAUUGUGAGAAGAUCGAAGGCUCCAAGUCUUUGGCUCAGAGCUGGAGGAUGAAGGACCGGAUGAAGACUGUUAGUGUUGCCUUAGUCUUGUGCCUAAAUGUUGGUGUGGACCCUCCUGAUGUGGUGAAAACAACUCCCUGUGCUCGUCUGGAGUGCUGGAUUGAUCCUCUGUCAAUGGGUCCCCAAAAAGCUCUGGAAACGAUUGGUGCAAAUUUACAGAAGCAGUAUGAAAACUGGCAGCCACGAGCCAGGUACAAGCAGAGUCUGGACCCCACGGUGGAUGAGGUGAAGAAGCUGUGCACGUCUCUGCGCCGCAACGCCAAGGAGGAGAGGGUGCUCUUCCACUACAAUGGCCACGGGGUGCCCAGGCCCACAGUCAACGGGGAGAUCUGGGUCUUCAACAAGAACUAUACUCAGUAUAUUCCUCUAUCCAUAUAUGACCUGCAGACCUGGAUGGGCAGUCCUUCCAUUUUUGUCUAUGACUGCUCUAAUGCUGGCCUUAUUGUCAAGUCCUUCAAACAAUUUGCACUACAGAGGGAGCAAGAGCUGGAGGUGGCUGCAAUUAACCCAAACCACCCACUUGCUCAGAUGCCUUUGCCCCCCUCCAUGAAGAACUGCAUCCAGCUGGCAGCCUGUGAAGCCAACGAGCUGCUCCCCAUGAUCCCUGACCUGCCAGCUGACCUCUUCACCUCCUGCCUUACAACACCCAUCAAGAUUGCCCUGAGGUGGUUCUGUAUGCAGAAGAGUGUCAGGCUGGUGCCAGGAGUCACACUGGAUUUGAUAGAGAAGAUUCCUGGAAGACUGAAUGACAGGAGGACUCCCCUGGGAGAGCUGAACUGGAUCUUCACUGCUAUCACAGACACCAUUGCAUGGAAUGUCUUGCCUAGAGAUCUCUUCCAGAAGCUCUUCAGACAAGACCUGCUCGUGGCCAGUUUAUUUCGUAACUUUCUCUUGGCAGAAAGGAUCAUGAGGUCCUACAACUGCACCCCCGUCAGCAGCCCCCGCCUACCUCCAACCUACAUGCAUGCCAUGUGGCAAGCGUGGGACCUUGCAGUUGAUAUUUGCCUUUCCCAGUUACCUACAAUUAUAGAGGAAGGAACUGCCUUUAGGCACAGUCCCUUCUUUGCGGAGCAGCUGACAGCUUUCCAGGUGUGGCUGACCAUGGGUGUGGAGAACAGGAACCCCCCAGAGCAGCUCCCCAUCGUCCUGCAGGUGCUGCUGAGCCAGGUACAUCGGCUGCGAGCUCUUGAUUUGCUGGGAAGAUUUUUGGACCUGGGUCCCUGGGCAGUUAGCUUGGCCCUCUCUGUUGGCAUUUUCCCAUAUGUGCUGAAGCUGCUCCAAAGUUCAGCUCGUGAACUGAGACCACUUCUUGUCUUCAUCUGGGCCAAAAUACUGGCAGUGGACAGUUCAUGCCAAGCUGACCUUGUGAAGGACAACGGGCACAAGUAUUUCCUUUCAGUUCUGGCAGAUCCCUAUAUGCCAGCUGAACACAGGACCAUGACAGCUUUUAUCCUGGCUGUAAUUGUUAACAACUACAACACUGGGCAGGAAGCUUGCCUUCAAGGAAACCUGAUUGCUAUUUGCCUGGAGCAGCUGAAUGAUCCACAUCCUCUUCUGCGUCAGUGGGUGGCCAUUUGUUUAGGAAGGAUUUGGCAGAACUUUGACUCAGCCAGGUGGUGUGGUGUGAGAGACAGUGCUCAUGAAAAGCUCUACAGUCUCCUCUCGGAUCCAAUCCCAGAGGUUCGCUGUGCUGCAGUCUUUGCACUGGGAACCUUUGUGGGGAACUCGGCGGAACGCACGGAUCACUCCACCACCAUCGAUCACAACGUGGCCAUGAUGCUGGCCCAGCUCAUCAACGAUGGGAGCCCCAUGGUCAGAAAGGAGCUGGUGGUGGCUUUAAGUCACCUGGUGGUUCAGUACGAGAGCAAUUUCUGCACCGUCGCCUUGCAGUUCAUGGAAGAGGAGAAGAAUUACCCUCUCCCUUCCCCAGCAGCCACAGAGGGGGGGAGUUUGACCCCAGUGCGGGAUGGUCCGUGCACCCCCAGGCUGCGCUCCGUCAGCUCCUAUGGGAACAUCCGAGCAGUUACCACAGCUAGGAACCUGAACAAGUCCCUGCAGAACCUCAGCCUGAAUGAAGAAUCUGGAAGCUCUGUUGCAUUUUCUCCUGGGAAUCUCAGCACCAGCAGCAGUGCCAGCAGCACCUUGGGCAGCCCUGAGAAUGAAGAGUAUAUCCUGUCCUUUGAGACUAUUGACAAGAUGAGACGAGUCAGCUCUUACUCUUCUCUGAAUUCACUGAUAGGUGUGAGUUUCAACAGUGUUUAUACCCAGAUUUGGAGAGUGCUCCUUCACUUAGCUGCUGACCCCUAUCCCGAUGUCUCUGACUUGGCUAUGAAAGUUCUCAACAGUAUUGCCUACAAGGCAACAGUAAACGCUCGUCCCCAGCGCAUCCUCGACACCUCCUCGCUGACCCAGUCUGCCCCUGCCAGCCCCACCAACAAGGGCAUGCACAUCCACCAAGUGGGAGGGUCACCUCCAACCACGAGCACAAGCAGCUCCAGCCUGACAAAUGAUGUGACAAAACAACCAGUCAGUCGGGACAUCACAGGUGUAAGACCUGCCAAUGUUGGCAACGUGGGGGUUCAGUACACCCCCCACUCCCACCAGUUCCCCAGGACAAGAAAAAUGUUUGACAAAGGGCCAGAACAGACUGCUGACGAUGCUGAUGAUGCUGUUGGACACAAAAGUUUCAUUUCAGCCACGGUGCAGACUGGGUUUUGUGACUGGAGUGCCAAGUAUUUUGCUCAGCCAGUCAUGAAGAUCCCAGAAGAGCAUGACCUGGAGAGCCAGAUCCGCAAGGAGAGAGAGUGGCGGUUUCUGCGCAAUGCUCGGGUCAGGAAGCAAGCCCAGAAGAUCAUCCAGAAGGGCAUUUCCCGGCUGGAUGAUCAGAUCUUCCUCAACAGGAACCCGGGGGUCCCCUCCGUGGUCAAGUUCCAUCCCUUCACGCCCUGCAUCGCCGUGGCUGACAAGGACAGCAUCUGUUUCUGGGACUGGGAGAAAGGGGAAAAGUUGGACUAUUUCCACAACGGGAACCCUCGAUACACCAGGAUCACAGCAAUGGAGUACCUGAAUGGGCAGGACUGCUCCUUGCUGCUGACUGCCACAGAUGAUGGUGCCAUCAGAGUCUGGAAGAACUUUGCAGACCUGGAGAAGAACCCAGAGAUGGUGACUGCCUGGCAGGGGCUGUCAGACAUGCUGCCAACUACUCGAGGUCUGGCCCGAAGGGUUUCAAUCUAUCUUGACAGAAGUAAACAGGGAGGAGCAGGAAUGGUGGUUGACUGGGAACAAGAGACGGGGCUCCUGAUGACAUCGGGAGAUGUGAGGAUAAUCCGGAUCUGGGACACAGACCGGGAAAUGAAAGUCCAGGACAUCCCCACUGGAGCAGACAGCUGUGUCACCAGCCUCUCCUGUGAUUCCCACCGCUCGCUGAUCGUGGCGGGGCUGGGGGACGGCUCCAUCCGCGUCUUUGACAGGAGGAUGGCUCUGAGUGAAUGCCGUGUCAUGACCUACCGAGAGCACACAGCCUGGGUGGUGAAAGCCUACCUGCAGAAGCACCCUGAGGGCAACAUCAUGAGCGUCAGUGUCAACGGAGACGUGAGGUUCUUUGACCCCCGGAUGCCGGAGUCCAUGAAGGUCCUGCAGAUAGUCAAAGGGCUGACAGCCCUUGACAUUCACCCACAAGCCAACCUCUUUGCAUGUGGCUCCAUGAACCAGUUCACUGCCAUCUACAAUGGGAACGGGGAGCUGAUCAACAACAUCAAAUACUACGAUGGUUUCAUGGGACAGAGGGUUGGAGCCAUCAGCUGCCUGGCUUUCCAUCCACACUGGCCUCACCUGGCAGUCGGCAGCAAUGAUUUCUACAUCUCGGUGUACUCGGUGGAGAAGCGGAUCAGAUAACGCAGGAGGCGGAGGCACGGAGCGGGGAGUGCCCGGGGCUCAGCACCCAUCAUGUACAUAGUGAAAUUAUCGACUUGAAUGUUCAGUGUUGGCUGCUGCUGCAACCCAGAACUUGAACUUUUUUUUGUUGGUGUUUUUAUUUUGGGUUUUUUUUCCUGACUUAGCUACUGAUGAUUUUGACCAGGGGAAAAGAGACAAUCUCCUUUUUUUGGUUGUUUUUUGUUUGUUUGUUUCUUGUUCGAUUUUUGGGGUUUUUUUUUUUAUUUUUCUUUUUCCCCAGCUAUAUCCUCUUAAGAGCUACAGAAAAGGAACCUUUUAUUUUUGUUCCCCGUGGUUGGCUUCUCUGUUAGAAACGUGGCUCCUGAGCUUGCAAAAGGACUGGAUGAGGCUGUGCCCUUGGGAAGGGCUUUCUGUUACAGACUUUGCUUUUUUGGUUUGCUGGAGCACGGGUUGCUUCAAGGGCUGCACUCAGGACUCACCUGCAGCUCUGCACCUCCAACAGGACCACAAGACCCAUCCAGCUGCUGCCUGCCCUGUGCCAAACCCUCCCUCCUGCAGCAGAGCCGUGGCCGUGUCCCUGCAGCAGCCCUGUCCCCUCUGCCCAGGGACAGCAGCGUGGUGGCAAGGGGAGCCCAGGACCCCGAGGAGAGGAGCCUGAGCUGGCAGGAGCAGGGCAGGAUGUCACCAAACCCUAAGGCUGCAAGGAGGAAGAGGGAAGAAAGAGAACGGACAUCCCUGAGAUCCCAGCCAAGCCUGGAACAAGUCACCCUCCGGGGUAUCCUGGUCACAGUUUGCUUCUGCAGUCACUGCCCUUUGCCCACAGGGAACCCCACAAGCAGGUUUGGUGACCUGGGAGCUCUGCCCAGACAGCAAGGGAGGCUCCAGGGGCUUCCCCCAGCUCUGCCAACACUCAGCAAAAUGAUGGUCGGGAGGAUUUGCACACUUGCAUUUGCACACCUGUGCUUGCAGCUGCAGAUGUUGUGUGGCUGUGGUUUGUCUGCAGGGCUGGGCACAUCCCCAGCCUGCUCUGAGCACCAGAGAAUCACUGACAAGGGGGGGGACAGGGGUCACCCUGCUCUGAGCAGAACAGCUUUGUCUGGGGAAAACCCUGCUCCACCUCCCACCCCUUCCCUGCCUGAUUAAUGAAUGUUUUGUCCCUUGGGAUCUGUGAGGAGUCUGGAGAUGAGUCUGGGGAAGGGGUAGGGCAGGUUUCUUUCCAGUGCUGCCCAGGUGUGAUUUACCUGGCCCAAACCAGGACUUGCACUGUACAAAACAAUCCCCUUGUUGCCACAGACUGACCUGCCAGCACCCCAGUUCUGCUUCCAGCCCCGGGGGUGCAGGCUCCCAGCGAGCUCCCAGGGAGGGGAACACGGAUGAGGGAAGGGGUGAAACCUCCUUCCCUGUGCAGCUUCACCCCUGCCCCGUGCCCCUGACCUGACCCAGCUCUGGGGAGGGUCCCGUUCCCUCCCUGUGGGGACACAGGGGACACUGAGGGGUCCUGAGCCCCGGGGAUGGAGCAGACACCAAGGGCUGGGGGGCCGUGUCCUUACCCCAAGCCCCAUCCCUCUCCCCCAGUGCAGCAGGGAGGCUGAGGGCCACUCCACAAGAUGAUGAAUCAAAGGCUUUAAACUUGAGAGAAACUACCUACGAGUCCUCUUCUGAGCUACCAAAAGUUCUAAUUAUGGUCUAACAGAGCCCCAGCCCCCUCCUCUGCUGCUCCAGGGGAACCUCUCCCCAUCACCCUGCCCACCCUGAGCCUGGAGCUGCAGUUUGGGGUCUUUGUGUAACCCAUUAACAUACACAGCUUAAAAAACAAUAAGAUUUUUAACUUAUAUCAGUGUAUUCAUGAAAGGAACCAGAAAUACCUGGCAGAAGGCAAAGGGGGGUGGUGGGGAGCUGCUGCUCUGCCCCGUGCCCCUCGGCCAGGGUUGGGAUUUAACCCCCUCAGCCUGUUGAGAUUUCAUCCAAGUGUGGGGGGGCUUCACAGGUCUGAGGGGCAGAGAUUCAAUCAUGGAGUUUAACCAAGGAUCUGGAGAGCAUCCUACUUAAAAAAAAAAAAAAAGUUCACUUAUCUCUAUUUAUUUUACAAAAAUAAAUAAAAUAAAAUUAUAUAUAUAUAUAUAUAAAACCCCACACGGUUGUAAUGUGAGAGUAAAACAAUUACAAACAAAUAAAUGGUUAAUAAAAAAUAAAUGCAG